UUUUUUUUUCAAGCUGGCCGACAUUGACAUACGCAUACGGACAAAAUAAAUACAUAUAUACAUAUAUAUAUAUAUACAUACAUACAUAUAUAUAUGUGUAUAUAUACACACACACACAAGGCAGUUCGAUAGUUUUGUUUGUUUUUUUAGUUGUAUAUAUACGUAUAUAUAUAUAUUCAUAUAUAUAUACCACACACUAGCAUAUAUCUUGUAUAUAUACAUAUAUAUACAUAUACAUGUAUAUAUAAUUAUAUAUAUAUAUGCAUAUGUAUGUAUGUAUAUAUAUGCAUAUGUAUAUAUAUAUGCAAGCAAAUUAUAUACAUAUAUAAAAAUAAACACUUUGCAACUUUAUGCCACACGCUCGCAAAUACCAACGUGGUGUUUUUCUCGCUUAACUUGACCUCGAGCUGCAAUUUAAAAUUAAAGUGGACAACAAAUGGCUGGCUCGGCGCUGCGUCGCCUGAUGGCGGAAUACAAACAGUUAACACUGGAUCCGCCUGAGGGCAUUGCCGCUGGACCCAUCAGCGAGGACAAUUUCUUUGAAUGGGAGGCGCUAAUUGCCGGACCCGAAGGCACCUGCUUCGAGGGCGGCGUGUUUCCCGCCCGUUUGGUCUUUCCACCCGACUAUCCACUGAGUCCACCUAAAAUGAAAUUCACUUGUGAUAUGUUUCAUCCAAACAUCUUUGCCGAUGGCCGCGUCUGCAUAUCAAUACUACACGCCCCUGGUGACGAUCCCAUGGGCUACGAGCUCUCCGCCGAGCGCUGGAGCCCUGUUCAGAGUGUUGAGAAGAUACUCCUGAGUGUGGUCAGCAUGCUGGCGGAACCGAACGACGAGAGUGGCGCCAAUGUGGAUGCAGCUAUCAUGUGGCGGGAGCGAAGGGACGAGUUCAAUCGGAUCGCACAGCGAUUGGUACGCAAGACACUCGGCUUAUCCGCAUAAGAGCGACCACAGCGACUGAUCCCCAGACACAAAUAAUAAUCAAAAACCCAGCAACAACAACAACAGCAUCAAAAAACCAAAACAACCACAGCAACAACAAUAUGCAAAAAUCGGAAAGGAAGUAGGGAGUAAUGCGAAAAGGUCACGGAGGAGGAGGAGGAAGACGCACAUAAAACCCAACACGUGCACGAUCAAGGACCACUACCCACUGCAUACCAUUAAAACUACUCGAAGGGAAUCGAAGCAACCAGCUGGAGAGAGUUGCAAGCAAAUCGAUCACUACUACACUUCCUCCACAGUGCGUGUGUGUGUGUGCGUGCGAGUGUGUGUGUGUGUGUGUAUGUGCAUCGAUAUAUGUGUGUGCUUGCAUGGAGCUAGUGGCUUGGUUGCGUGCAAAUUUUCAAAAUUUAGAGAUCAACGUGAAAAUAGAAAGGAAAUACGGAAAAACCCCCCUUUCAGGCGGAGGAUAAUGAAACAAAGAAAAAGGAAGAGACAAAUAUGAUGAAAAUUCUAAGCUAAUCUGAAAUUACCAAACACUUUGUCCAAUUGAUAUUUUGAAACAAAAAAUUCAUGUCCCUAACAUGUAGUGUACAAAACAGAAAGAAAAAACCAUAAAAGAAAUGAAGCAAAAAAAAAAAAAAAAUGGAAAAACAAUGCAAUCCCAAGUCUUAUAAUAACACCCAGGUCAUUCACUAACAAUUUAGCACUAUACAAUAAUUUUCUCCUUCCCAAGCCCAGGCUAGUUUCAAUUUUAACUCUAAGUAAAAAAAAAAAAAAAAAACGUGAGCAAAAAGGAAAGCUGAAGUCCGACAGAAAGCGAAACUGGGGAAAAUAAAGUUUAAGUUAAAAAUGAAAAAAAAAAAAAAACAAGAAAAAAAAACAGUUAAAUAUGUGAGCCAUUAGUGCAAUACUCAAAAUAAGGACUUGUUGGGCAUAGCUUUCGCCAUGUCCAAAUGCACAAUUGUGAACAAUAUAGACCUAAGCAAAUGCAUGUUUUGUGAACAGUAUGUUUAAAAAGUCCUUUAUCCAUAAUUAUAAAUUGUAUGGUGUAUUGUGUGUUUACCUAUGUUACUCACCUUGUAGAUGUGCCGCUAAAGACAUUAUUUAGGUUCUUUUUUUUUUAUUGCUCUAAAUUAAAUAUACAUACACUUAUGUUGCA